AUGGCAUCCCGAGGCAGAACAGCAUAUGCGGAGAGUGCUACCUCUAGCUCUAUCUCCAUCUCAACCUCUCCCAACUCAGAGUCUCGGUCCAACAGCCCAACCCACGAACAACAACAGAUCGAAGCCUUCAUCAUCCCGCGUCUCAAGUUCGUCCACAAGACACUCCAAGCCCUCCUCGCGAUCACAGCACACCCAUUUCGAGUUCCCGAGUGGGAACUUACGAAAUCCCUCCUUAUCUACCAAAUUCAAUGCCUCGAAGAACUUGUCACUGACUACGGCGACGAGUACGCAGCCGCUCUGGCCCGAGUGCAUGGCGUGUUCCUCCAGCGUGGGAUUGAAUUGCAAGAGGACAAAUCUCCCUCCUGGAGUCGGUCUGCUCGAGCGUACUAUUCCGCAAUGCACGACGCAGCCGAGAAUCUCGUUCAAUGCGCUCUCGAUACUAGAGGGGAAAAUGCCGCGGAGAGUGCAUUGGAUUUGGUAGAGAAGCUUUUUUCGCCAUUGGCAGAACUUCAGGAAGAGGUAGAUGCAGAACAGAUGCCUCCUGUGUCGCGACCUCGAGCGGAGAGUUUAUCUUCGAGAGCCUGGCCAUUCUUACAUGGUUGUGCUCAUCCUUCCAAUAUUUCGGCAGCCCCGUGUCCGACUACCUACGCUUACCCAUCGACAUGUUUUUCACUAGCUUCUUCACGCUCAUCAUCCCUAUCUGACAGACUCGGCCUAUCAGAUGCGCUCAGAACUCUUGAUCUCGGCGGGCCGUUAGGUAGGAGAGGUGGUCGUACCAGCAACAGACAGGACGACUAG